CUUAGGGAAAGGGUACCACUUAGUAGACCCUUAGAACCCAGGAUGAGGAGCUGUAUUUAACGAGAAUAGACACAGUAACCUGCAAGAGAUAGAUUCAAAACCAGUUACAAACUUUUGGAGGAAAAAAGGCAGGAAGGGAGAGGUUGGGGGCUCGGGCGAUCCAUUGCUUGGAGCUCGGCUUAGCCAGGCUGGGGGGUCCUCCGAGGGGCUGAUGAAUCGGCGCUCGACUGGCUUAGGAGCUGCCCGCAGGGAGAUUUAUGACAAAGUCCAGUUUUCAACAAUGCUGGAAUCAAAUGAUUACUUGCUUUCCUUGGAUAAUUUGUUUUUUGAAAAACCAGAUGAAGUUGAAAACCAUCCAGAUAAUGAAAAGUCAUUAGAUUGGUUUCUCCCUCCUGCUCCAUUGAUUUCAGAAAUUCCAGAUACUCAGGAGUUAGAUGAAGAAUUAGAAAGUCAUAAACUGUGAGGUCAGGAAAAGAGGCCAAAAAUGUUAACAUCAAAUUUAAAGAUAACUAAUGAAGACACAAAUUAUAUUUCGCAAAGACAAAAAUUCCAAUUUGCCUUUCCUUCUAAUAAAUAUGAACAGGAUGAUCUAAAUUUAGAAGGGGUAGGUAAAAAUGACUUAUCACAUGUUGCUGGCAAGCUGACAUAUGGUUCUCAGAAAUAUAAAAAUCACAUUGGUACUGAGAUAGGACCUGAGAAGAGUGUUCCUGAUGAUACAAAAUUAGUUAAUUUUGCAGAAGAUAAAGGAGAGAGCACAUCAGUAUUCUGGAAAAGAUUAUUUAAAAUAUCUGACAGUAUACAUGGGAGUGCUUAUUCUAAUGAAAGUGAAUUGGACUCUCACAUUGGCUCAGUGAAAAUUGUACAAACAGAAAUGAACAAAGGGAAAUUAAGGAACUAUAGCAAUAGUAGGCAGAAAUUUCAAUAUUCUGCAAAUGUGUUUACAGCAGAUAAUGCUUUUUCUGCUUCUGAAAUCGGAGAAGGCAUGUUCAGACCAUCUUUUCCAGUUGCUUUCCAGCCUCAUGAUAUUCAAAAGGUAACAGAAAAUGGUUUAGGUUCCUUGAAGGCUGUCACAGAAAUUCUGGCAAAAUUUAGAAGUGUUUUCAAAGAAUUUCCGUAUUUCAACUAUAUACAGUCCAAAGCCUUUCAUGAUGUUUGUGCAACAAAGAAGGGUAUGCAACAGGCUGCUUCUAUUCUUGUGAAAGAUGCUAAAUUUAUUAUGACUGUGGGACAGAAACAGUGGUUACAGAAGUAUGCAUAUUCCAUAAGAGAUUCAAAACUGAGAGAUAUCUUAAAAGAUGGUGCUGCUUAUCAUCAUGCUGGUAUGGAGCUGUCAGAUAGAAAAGUAGUUGAAGGAGCUUUUACUGUUGGAGAUUUACCAAUUCUUUUUACUACCAGUACUUUAGCUAUGGGAGUAAAUUUGCCUGCUCACCUAGUAGUUAUAAAAUCUACAAUGCAUUAUGCUGGAGGACUGUUUGAAGAGUACAGUGAAACAGAUAUUCUACAGAUGAUUGGUAGAGCUGGUCGACCUCAAUUUGACACUACAGCUACUGCAGUUAUCAUGACUCGAUUAAGCACAAGAGACGAGUACAUUCAGAUGUUAGUUUGUAGAGACACUGUAAAAAGCAGUUUGCACAGACAUCUUAUUGAACAUUUAAAUGCAGAGAUAGUACUGCAUACCAUUGCGGAUGUGAAUAUUGCUUUGGAAUGAAUACGAUCAACUUUGCUUUAUAUCAGAGCCUUGAAAAAUCCAUCUCAUGCAGGUUUUGCAUCUGGAUUGAACAAAGAUGGAAUUGAAGCAAAAUUACAAGAAUUAUGUUUGAAGAAUCUGAAUGAUUUAUCAUCCCUGGACUUAAUAAAGAUGGAUGAAGGUGUUAAUUUCAAACCAACUGGUAAUUCCCUAUCAUUGUCAGUUACAUUGAUAGCCAGCUGCAAGGAAUUUCUAGAUAUACAGUUAAGGAUAAAUGAAAAGAAAACACUGAAUACUUUGAACAAAGAUCUAAAUUGGAUAACUACCAGAUUCCCAAUGGAAGGAAGAAUUAAAACAAAAGAAAUGAAAGUAAAUUGUCUUAUUCAGGCUCAACUAGGAUGCAUUCCCAUACAAGAUUUUGCUUUGACGCAAAAUACCGCAAAGAUUUUCAGACAUGGCUCCUGAAUUACAAGACAUAUGUGGUUAUCAGAUUUUGUAGCUGCUCAAGAAAAGAAGUUCACCGUACUAUUGAAUAGUUUGAUUUUAGCUAAAUGUUUUAGGUGUUAACUUUGGGAAAACUCUCUGCAUGUAUCCAAACAACUGGAAAAAAUUGGUAUAACAUUGUCAAAUGCAAUCAUAAAUGCUGGUUUGACUUCCUUUAAAAAAAUAGAAGAGACAGAUGCAAGGGAACUUGAAUUAAUUUUAAAUAGACAUCCCACUUUGGAACCCAGAUAAAAGAAACUGAUGUAUCUACCAAAAUAUGGACUUAAAGUGGAUCAGAUUACAAGAUAUAGUGAUACGAUGGCAGAAAUAUUAGUAACUGUUAUUUUAAGAAACUUUGAACAGCUACAAACUAAAAGAACAGCAUUGGAUUCUCACUAUGUUACCUUAAUUAUAGGUGAUGCAGAUAAUGAAGUAGUUUAUCUGCACAAGAUUAUGGAUUCUGUUUUGCUAAAAGCUGGAAAUUGGGCUAAAAAGAUUGCUGUGAAGAGAGCUCUUAAAUCUGAAGAUCUUAGCAUAAAUCUAAUAAGUUCUGAAUUUGUUGGGCUUGAUGUUCAGCAGAAAUUUACAGUCUUUUACUUAGAACCCAAGAGGUUUGGAAAUCAAAUGACUAUGCAAAGAAAAUCUGAAACACGGAUUUCCCAUUCUAAACUUUCAGAUAGAUCUACAAUAGCAGGAUCUAAUAAAGGAAUGACUGCCAGCAAAAAACCUGGGAACCGAGAAUGCCCUUGUAAAAGUAAACAUACAUGUGGACAUAACUGCUGUAAAAUUGGAAUUGCACAGAAGUCAGAAAUUAAAGAGUCAACAAUUUCUUCAUAUUUAUCUGAUUUAAGAAACAGGAAUGCUGUUUCAUCUGUUCCUACAGUUAAACGUCUGAAGAUACAGAUGAGUAAAUCUCAAAGUGUGAACCUUAAAGAGUUUGGUUUUACUCCAAAACCUUCCCUUCCUAGUAUAUCAAGGUCAGAAUAUUUAAACAUAUCUGAAUUUCCUAUAAUGGAGCAGUGGGAUCAGCCUGAAAUCUACGGAAAAGUUAGACAAGAACCGUCUGAAUAUCAAGACAAAGAAGUUUUGAAUGUGAACUUUGAAUUGGGAAAUGAAGUUCAGGAUGAUUUUGAUGAGGAAAACUUAGAAGUUACUAGCUUUUCAACUGAUACUGAGAAGACAAAAAUAUCAGGAUUUGGAAACACUUUGAGUUCAAGUACCAGGGCAAGUAAGCUACCCCUUCAAGAGUCAAAGAGCAAAUUCCAAAGAGAAAUGUCAAACAGUUUUGUUUCAUCACAUGAGAUGUCAGAUACUUCUUUAUCAAAUUCUGCUACGCCCAGGUUCAGUGCAUCCUCCAUGACAAAAUUACCUCAACAAGCCGGAAAUGCAGUUCUAGACCAUUUUCAAGAAAGAAAACUACAAAAUCUGUCACCAGAGAUUGAGAAGCUAUGCUUUACUUGCUCUGAAAAAAAACCAAAUUCUUCAAAUUAUAAAAAGGUGGAUUUUUUUAUUAGAAACAGUGAAUGCAAAAAGGAAGUUGAUUUCAGUAUGUAUCAUCCUGAUGAUGAAGCUGAUGAAAUGAAGUCUUUAUUGGGAAUAUUUGAUGGUAUUUUCUAA